AUGUUGGAUUCAAAGAAUCUUAACAUUUCUCUUUUCUAUCUUCGUCAAUUAUUUUUCUCUUCAUUUGAUCAAAAGAUUCAUGCAAAUGAUACUGAAUGUUUUGAUAAAUUAUCAGAUGUUUGGAGACAUUUUGCAAAGAAUGUUGCAUUGGUUGAGAAUCAACUAGGCACUAACGGUUCGGCAGCUUUUGGACAUCUUUUCGGGUACGAUGCUUCUUACUAUUCAUGUGGAGUGAACGUCUUUGAAAAGUCUGGUGUCAUGAACAAGGAACAAGGUAGAAAACUCAGAACCGAUGUAUUGUCUGUCGGUGGUUCUCAAGACAGUAAUGUCACUCUCAAGAAUUUCCUUGGUAGAAACUUUCUUCCUUAA